UGUAUUUAAAUACACUUACAAAAUUAAGAAUAUGUUUUCUUUGCAAUUAUAACACGAAAUGCGGGUAAUUAUUACACAGAAAAUAUUUUAAUAUAGCGAUAACUAACACGCACAGUGGGCUAGAUAAAAGAAAUAACCAAACGUAUGCCGCUUUCAAACAAGGUUAUCUGUCAAUGUCGAAUUGUCGAAGACCAAAACAAUAAUCGGCUAGAAUCGGCUCUACGAUAUCUCCCUUCUGAGGCCCGAUGGGCAAUGCUCGAAGUAACAGCCGAAUCGUACUCGCUAGCGAUUUCAGCGAGUUGAGACUUGUUCACUCGUCUAUUCGUAUAAACGUCGCUUUACAAUAUUUGGGACUUCUACUUAAUUGGAAGUUUUAUGAUGUUUUGAUUGAUUUUGUUGUCUAUACUACACAUAUUAAUAUAAUGAUAAAAUGGUUGACAUUAACAAAUAUUUAGAAAGUCAACUUGCACUUGCGAAGAACAGAUGUGAAACUAAAGGUAAAAACGACAGUGUUUCAGAGAAAAGUAAAGCGGCAGCAGAUAUCAUUUCAAAAAAGCAAUCUAAAUUGAAGCAUGGAAAGCAAUCUAAAGAAAUAAGCAAAGAAUCUUCAGAGCCGACUACAUCGAGAACGAGAACUACCACAAGCUCUACAGACAAGGACUCGGAUUUUGAAUAUUUACCAUCGGAAGAGGAAGGAGAUGAAGAACACCUGAUUAGUGUGUCACUUCCCUCCACAUCGCGCUCCAAGCAAAAUAUAAAGAAAAUCUUAGACGAUGGAGACACUACAGCUUAUAACGAAAGAAUUGAACUCUGGAAGAAAAAUUUGGCUGAUGCGUUAGCAAGUAACCAUGAUGGAGGGAUGAUGACAGCAGACAUCCAGUUUGUACUGGAAGGUAAUAAAGAUCCAGAGGAAAUACAUGAACUACAAAAUGGUUUAAAAAUACCAAACUAUAUUUGGAAACAGUUGUACAAGUUUCAAAAAGUUGGUGUGAAGUGGCUUUGGGAGCUGCAUCAAGUGGAGUCAGGAGGCCUACUCGGCGAUGAGAUGGGGCUGGGGAAAACAAUCCAAAUCAUUGCAUUCCUGGCUGGAUUAUCCAAGACUGAUGUAGGUGCCUGGGCAGGACUCGGACCAUCAAUUAUUGUGGCACCAGCUACAGUGAUCUACCAGUGGGUAUCCCAUUUUCACUACUGGUGUCCACAUUUAAGAGUAGCAGUACUCCACCACACAGGGACGCAUGCAGGCAAUCACAACCAACUGAUCAGAGACUUGCACUCAGCACACGGGAUUUUGUUGAUCACUUAUGCAGGCAUUGUGAAGUACACUAAAGAUUUAACAGCUCGAAAAUGGCAUUACAUAGUACUAGAUGAGGGACACAAGAUUAGGAACCCUGACACACAAGUCAGCAAACUUGUAAAAAAGUUUCAAACUCCUCAUAAAAUACUCAUUACAGGUUCACCUAUGCAGAACAGUUUACAAGAACUCUGGUCUUUGUUUGAUUUUAUGAGACCAGGUCUUUUGGGUACUUAUGCAGCAUUUAUGGAUCACUUUGCAGUCCCCAUAACUCAAGGCGGUUAUGCAAACGCCACCGAAUAUCAAGAAGCAACUGCUUUGGAAAUAGCUAAAGCCUUAAAAUUAAUAAUCACUCCUUAUAUGUUAAGACGAACAAAGGCUGAAGUUCAGGAUCAUAUAAAACUACCAGAAAAAAAUGAACAAGUCUUAUUCUGUGCUCUUACUCAGGAACAAAAGGACUUGUAUAUGGGUUACCUCACUGGCACUACUGUAAGAAGUAUAUUGGACAAAGAAAAUAAAUUUGGCAAUCCAUUGAGAGCUAGAAUUUUAGUAGCUCUAUGCACUCUUAGAAAAAUAUGCAAUCACCCUGACUUGUAUCUCUAUGAGGCUCAGGAAGACUGUGAAAACAUAGAUGAGGAGCAGUUUGGCAACUACAAAAGAUCUGGCAAAAUGCUGGUGGUCAAUUCACUGUUAAGAAUCUGGCAAAAACAGGGCCACAGAGCCUUAAUAUUUUCCCAAUCAAGAGGAAUGCUAUGUUUACUUGAACAAUAUUUACAAGUCCAAGGGUACAAAUAUUUAAAAAUGGAUGGUACGGUCAGUGUGGGACAAAGGCAGAGCAUGAUCAAGACCUUUAAUGAAAAUUCUGAGUAUUUAGUGUUUUUGGCUACAACACGGGUUGGAGGUUUGGGAGUGAAUCUCACAGGAGCUGACAGAGUUAUUGUUUAUGACCCAGACUGGAAUCCAGCUACUGAUGACCAGGCUAAAGAGAGGGCUUGGAGAAUAGGCCAACAGAGGAAUGUUACUGUAUAUAGACUACUAUCAGCAGGAACUAUUGAAGAAAAAAUAUAUCAGAGACAAAUCUUUAAGCACUUCUUGAGCAAUAAAAUAUUAGUAGAUCCCAACCAAAAAAAUGUUCUGACAACAAGCACUCUACAAGGCCUGUUUACUCUAGAAGAACUGAACUGUGAUGGGGACACAGAAACUGCCUCUUUAUUUAAACACACUAAAAUUAAUAUUGAUGAUACAAAAAGUAAAAAGAAAAGUGAAGAUAAAGAAAUUUCAUACUCUAAGAAGAAAAAAAUAGAAGCAAUGAAGAGAAUGGCUAAAGAGAUAAGUAAGAAAAUUUCGAAAGCCAAGAAUGAGAAGCUUGAAGAAGAAAGAGACCCCAGGGAAGAAUACAAAAAAAAGAGAGAGUUAUUAUUGAAUCCGCCUAAGGUUGAAGUACCUGAAAUUAACUUAGUAGAUGAUCAGGUGACUAACAUUCCAUUUGAAAAUAUAUUAUCAGAACUCGACAUCGUUAAUCUGCAUGCAAAAAAAGAUUAUGAAGAGAAUUUAAUAAAAAAUGCUCUUAAAUCCCAAGAAAAUAACAAGGAAGAAAAAAGUGAAGUUAGUGAUGGAGGGAAUGAUGUUGAUGAACAAAAACCGCCUGAAAUUGAAGAAAAAGUAAGUCAAGAACAAGUAAAAGAGCAAACCUUGGAUACAAGUAGUAAAUUACAUGAUGGUGUUACUGAUAUAGAGGUUAAAAAAAGUCUCAAGAGAUCUCAUUCUCCAAGCCCAGAAGUAGAAGUUGAAAAUUUGGUGGCAAUAAAGAAAGUUAAAAAGAAAAAACAUAAACGAGAUAGGGAGAAAGAAACAAAUGAUGAUGAUUACGUUUUAAGUAAACUUUUUGCUAAAGCUAAUGUUAAAAGUGCAUUACAACACGAUGUUGUAGUUGGGUUAGCAGAAAAAGAAAAACGUCACAGGAUAAAGCAAGAAGCAGUUAAAAAAGCAAAAGACGCAGUCCGAGCAAUCAGAUUUUCAUCCAAAUAAAAAACUCGAUUAUUAAAUUAAAUGUAAAAAUAAUGUUAAUGUAAGAAUAUAAGUUUUCAAUACACCUUUUAUAUUUAUAUUUAAA